AUGAGUGGUUUAAAAGAUAGAUUCUUUUCUAUAUUGGUGGAUGAAGCACGUGAUAUUUCUGUGAAAGAGCAAAUGGCUAUGGUGUUGCGUUAUGUGGACGACAAAGGGCAUGUAAUUGAAAGGUUUGUGGGGGUUCAACAUGUUACCGACACCACUUCAAGUUCACUAAAGGAUGCCAUUGACAUAUUCUUUUCUUCCAAUGGUUUGAGCUAUUCCAAGUUACGAGGACAAGGUUAUGAUGGAGCUAGCAAUAUGAGAGGUGAGUGGAAUGGCCUUAAAACAAAGAUUUUUAGAGAACAACCUUGUGGAUAUUAUGUUCAUUGCUUUGCUCAUCAACUUCAACUAGCACUUGUUGCCGUAGCAAAGAAGAAUAUUGAUAUUGCCUCUUUCUUCACAACCACUAAUAGUGUGGUUAACCAUGUUGGAGCAUCUUGUAAUCGGCAUGAUGCACUUAGAGCACAAUUCCAAGAAGAACUUGAUGAUUGUCUUAUAACGGGGCGAGGUUUGCAUCAAGAAACAAGUCUCAUACAUGCCGAUGACACACGAUGGAGCUCACAUUACGGUACCAUUAUUAGCAUCAUUUCCAUGUUUUCAUCUGUGAUUCAUGUGCUUCAAAUGAUUAUUGAUGAUAAUCCCAAUGAUAGUGCCGGUGAAGCAAAUAAGAUUCAAAGGGAAAUGCUUACUUUUCAGUUUGUGUUUCACUUAUUCUUAAUGAAAGCUAUAUUGGGACUCACAAACGAUGUGUCACAAGCAUUGCAAAAGAAAGAUCAAGAAAUUGUGAAUGCAAUGGCUUUGGUGAAAUCAUGCAAGGAAAAGCUACAUUGGAUGAGGAAUAAUGGAUUUGAUGCAUUGGUUGAAGAGGUGUCUUCAUUUUGUGACAAACAUCAUAUUGAUGUUCCUAACAUGGAUGAUGCAUUCGUACUUCCAGGGAGGUCAAUGUGUAAUGCUCCAAUAAAGACAAAUCGUCAUCAUUAUCGUGUGGAGCUCUUUAUUUAUGUCAUUGAUGAGCAACUUACGGAGUUAGAUGAUCGUUUUAAUGAGGUAAAUACUGAGUUGCUUAUUUGUUUGGCAUGUUUGAGUCCGAAUGAUUUAUUUGAAGCUUUUGAUAAACAAAAGCUACUUUGUCUUGCUCAAUUUUAUCCUCAAGACUUUUCGGAUGGGGAUCUUUUGGCACUUGAAGAUCAACUUGAGCUUUAUAUUCAUGUUUAG